UUUAUUAUUUUCAUUUGUUAUUUUAAUCCCUCUCAUAGUCUCAUCCCCAAAAGAAAGGCACGAAUAUUUUCAGUUGUUUUUUUAAUCUCUUAUAUUCUCAUCCACAAAUCGGCGCUCGUUUUCUCUAUGUUAUUCCCCUUCCCGCCGCUCUCUGUGAGCGAAGGACAACGCCGCGGGCGCCAACGGCGGCGAGGGACUUGCCGACGAGGCUGCGCGGCUGGCUGACCGGGCCCGCGAGCUACACGACGCCGCUGCCACCUUCAUCUCCAGGUCCUCCGCCGACGAGCAAUCCCUCCGCCACCGCGCGCAAGCUAAGAUACUCCGUCGAAACUUCCCUCAAGAACUCCGCCGUCGAUGCGAUGGUAGUUACGAAGGUAGAGGAAGAAUUGAACAGGGCAAGAAGGUAUGCCCUUAAUGAUGAUGAUGCCGCGUCCCUUCUUCCUAGCAAGGCUCAGGGUUCCUGAAGAUGUUUCUUGGCGCUGUGAAUGUACGCGCGACGAGGAAGGAGGUUCAACUCAAAGUGAAGGAGUACAACAACUAUAAGAGGUAGCUUGUCACGCACUGAAAAGCUAGAAUUGGAUUAAAGCAGUGAAAGGCUAGAAGAGUUUUGAGCUAAUUUUGUUGGAUGAUGGUUUUUGUUGUAUAGUAAACUUUACUUCUGAUGUAAUGUUAAGGAUCUGUUGAUACUUAUGUGUUGUAAAAGUUUAAAGGACCGCUCAUGUGUAUGGAAUGAUAAGUUUAAGUUGUAUAAGGAUAAGAACUCAUGGUAAAUAAUUAUCUUUUUUGUGAUUGUAUAUAUUUCUAUGAUUAUGGAUUUGUGUUGUGGUUGAUGUUUAGUUGAGUUGCCUUUAGAUUUCUCGAAUCUUUGAGUGAAGUGGAUUAUGAUUUAUGUAACGUAUAGGUUUAUGAAUUGUGAAUAUUGAUUUUGAAUGAUUCUUAGUAUCCUCAAAUUGUUAGAUUGGAUCCUGGAUUGAAUUGAUGAUAAAUUAUAAUAUUAUUGAUUUUAGACAGGGUCACACUUCCUGUGAUAAUUAGGUGGGGGCGUGAUAGAGUUGGUAUCAGAGCAUGAUUUGAGAAUUUCUAAGAAUUUUGAUAUGCUAGAUGUGUAAUAAAUUUUGAGGUUUAGUGAUUGCUAUUUAGAGACUGAUCAAAAGUUUUCUUUUGUUAUUUUUAGGAAGCACGGAUGACGAGGUCAUCUGGUUCUCCUAUUGCAUCUACUUCUGAUCAAUUGAGUGGAAUUAUGAAAACUCUAGAGUCGAUGAAACAAGUAAUGCAACAACAAGUCCGACAAGGAAGAAAUGAUGAAGUUGGGAAUUCAAACCAGACUAGGUUGGGAAUUGAACAGUUUAAGAAGCUUAGUCCUCCCAGUUUUAGUGGUGAGCCUAAUCCAAUGGUAGCAGAACAAUGGAUGAUGCAGAUGGAGAAAAUAUUUGAUGUUUUAAAUUUCCCAGAUGAUAAGAAGGUUUCUCUUGCUACCUUCAUGCUAGAAGGAGAGGCUGAGCACUGGUGGCGAACUAUGAAGAGGAUUUUUGAAGCUCGACAAGAGCCAAUCACUUGGAAGUUAUUUACAGAAAAGUUCAAUGAUAAAUAUUUUCCGGAUUGUAUCAGAGAGCAGAAAGAAUUGGAGUUCCUGAAUCUCAUCCAGGGAAAUUUGAUAGUAGCCAAAUAUGAGUCUAAAUUCACCGAGCUCUCUAAAUUUGCCACACAUAUGAUUGAUGAUGAAUAUAGGAAAGCAAGAAGAUUUGAAAGAGGAUUAAGGACGGCAAUAAGAAGCCGGAUAUCAGCUUUAAAACUCCAAGUAUACACUGAAGUAGUAGAAAGAGCUUUCAUACUUGAAAAAGACUUGGAGGAGAUCCAAGAAAUCAGGGACAAGAAAAGAAAGGAUAAGUUUGUUGGUAAAAGUAAGAGAGGAAAUGAAGCAGAAAGAAGUAACGAGAAGGUAAAGGUACCUAGAUUUGAGGAAGGAACUCCAUCGCAAAGAACUCUAUCGUGUACAAAAUGUGGACGUAAUCAUGAAACUAGUGAGUGUUUUCGGGUGAUUGGAGCCUGUUUUGCCUGUGGAAAGUUAGAUCAUAAAGUCAGAGACUGCCCACUAAACAAGAAGAAAGAGCCGCUACUCCCUAAGCUGACAGCCCAUGCUAGAGUAUAUGCUAUCACAGAACAAGAUUCCAGAGCCUCUAAAUCAGUGGUUGAAGGUAUUCUAUAUGUUUCUAAUAGAAAUGCAAAAGUUUUGUUUGAUCCUGGCUCCAACUUAUCUUUUGUUUCACAAUAUUUUGCUUGUCACUUGGGCAUUCAACCUAACCCACUGGAUUAUUUGCUACACGUAACUACUGUUGUUGGGGAUUCCUUGACUACAAAUCUGGUUUAUCCUUAUCUUUUCGCCGAAAAAGAUAUGACAAAUUUAGAUGACUAAAUUUUCUUUUAAGGCGGGGAGAGUGUAACAUCCCCCAUUUAAAAAAAAAAAAAUAGUAAAUGCUUGUUUGUAAAUAUGAGGAUUAUUUAAUAAUUUUUUUAUUAAAUAAUAUUAUAUUAAAGUUUAUGGCUAAGGACCUAAGAGUAAAUAUUAAAUAUUUGAGACGAUUUAUAGAAUAUUCAGAAUUGAGUAAAUAAAAAUAAAAUAAAAUAAAAUGGAGGACAUGUGUCAUUAACAAGGAUGAGCCACUUAGCAUUUAUUCUAAAGUUGACACCUAAACCCCCAUGUAUACUUGCCACCUCACUAUUUUAGCAUGAGCCAAACCUAAGUAAUUUAAGGCACCAUUAAAAAGAAAGUUUUCAGCCAACGUUAGUUUGAGGAGAAGAAGAAGAAGAGAAGAAGAAGGAGAAGAAGAAGAAGGAGAAGAAGAGGAAACUUUGUUUGAGGUUUUGCAUCAACUCCCUAUAUUUGGGAAUCAAACUCAUCUAAGGCAAGUGUUCUAACCUCUUCCUACAGAAUUCCUAAUCUCUGUUUUCCUUUUAAUACUUCAUAAUUCAAAAGAUUUUAGCUUAGUACCAAACCGUUCUUUCCUUUUGAUACAAAGCCAUGAAUCUGAAAUUUUUUCGAUAAUCUAACUUCUAUACAUUGUUUUGGAUCUAACUUUUAGCACUAAACUCUGAUUUAGGCAAAACCUAAUCCAUUUGAAAGUAGACUCAAAUAUCUUUAUUUUGACACUAAGAUUGAAUGAUUUGGAGUUUAAAUGCCUACUAAAACUUCUGUUUCAAUUAACCCUACAGAUUCUGCAAAAUAGGGACUGAAAUUUCUGACAUUCUGUUACUAAAUUGCUCAUAACUCUCUAGAGAAAAUUCUAAAUUAUACAAAGCUUAGUUCUUUGGAAACUAGAUUCGCAUAUCUUUCUUUUGACACCUAGUUGGAAAUUUUGAAGUAUGUUUGCCUUCUGUAACAUCUGUUUAAAUUGAUUCUAUCAAGUCUGCAAAACAGGGAUGAUCAAUUCUGACCUUCCUUUACUUUAUUUGUUGUAACUUCCUGUCAAGAACUCAAAAAAUUAUAAAUCUGAGUUCAUCGGAAAAUAGAUUGAUACAGCUUUCCAAUGACACCUAUUUUUAGUGAUUUAGAGCAUAUUUGGUCACUCAAACAAUUCAGAAAAUAUACCAUUCAAAUUCUGUCAUAAUUGAAAACUUUGUCGGGUUUUGCCUAUUCAAUUUUCAUCAUAUUGGAAAUAUGAUUUCUGCUAAAUUCUUCUUCAACUGAGCUUUAUAUUAGUCCUUUGAAGUUCUUGUAUUGUUCAUCCUGAAAUUAUUGUAUAACUGAAAUUUAUUAUGUAAUGUUUUGUUUGCAUUUCCUUGUUUGAUAAAGGCACAUGCAUAUCUUCGUUGUUCCGCAUGUGCUUCUGAUAUGUGUCAAUGUUAUUGUUCAUAUUACCCUUUUGUACUCUGGUGUCUUGUGGGAUAUUGUGAACCUUUGCCAGAAAUGGUAAAGGGAGUUAUGCUUAGAGCCCACGAUUGCUCUGUCGGCCCCAUUGACUUCACUCAGACGUGGGUGGAUGGAGCUCCCAGACGUGGGAGACUUAUGUUUGGUGGUCAUCCAGAAAUGGAUGAAUCACAUUAUGUAUGUGGUCCCACGGCGCCCUCUAUGUUUAUUUAUAUGAUAUCCAAAGCUUUGUUUAUGAGUUUAUAUUAUGCUUUGGAUAAAAAUGGAAUGCAUGCUACAUCAAAAAUGACAUACAGCUUGUGUUUAUUAUUCGGUUCACUUGUUAUACUUUGAAGUGUUUCGUUUGUCAUUAUUAUGCCCCCUAACACUCUUACGCCUUUGAUAUGCACCUAAAUGCUUCAUGUGCCAUUUGAUACAUGCCUAAAUGCUUCUUUUGCCAAUGAAAUGCUCCAAUUUCCUUUCUCCUAUUGUUAUGUCUAAUGCCUGUUUUUGAACGAGGUAAACCUUUGUGAUUUUAUAUCAAAUGAGAUGACUUCAAAUAAACACUUGUAUUUCUACUUUUGUAACUUGAUACUAAGCCUGCUUGAACUUCUCUUAUCGCCAUGGAUAUGUUAGACGCUUGCUGAGCUCUUUAUGCUCACCCCGUUGCUAUAUAAAUUUUUCAGGGUAGCUUGUUACGCACUGAAAAGCUAGAAUUGGGUUAAAGCAGUGAAAGGCUAGAAGAUUUUUGAGAUAAUUUUGUUGGAUGAUGAUUUUUGUUGUAUAGUAAACUUUACUUCUGAUGUAAUGUUAAGGAUCUGUUGAUACUUAUGUGUUGUAAAAGUUUAAAAGACCGCUCAUGUGUAUGAAAUGAUAAGUUUAAGUUUUAUAAGGAUAAGAACUCAUGGUAAAUAAUUAUCUUUUUUGUGAUUGUAUAUAUUUAUAUGAUUAUGGAUUUGUGUUGUGGUUGAUGUUUAGUUGAGUUGCCUUUAGAUUUCUCGAAUCUUUGAGUGAAGUGGAUUAUGAUUUAUGUAACGUAUAGGUUUAUGAAUUGUGAAUAUUGAUUUUGAAAGAUUCUUAGUAUCCUCAAAUUGCUAGAUUGGAUCCUGGAUUGAAUUGAUAAUGAAUUAUAAUAUUAUUGAUUUUAGACAGGGUCACACUUCCUGAAUGUGAUAAUUCGGUGGGGGCGUGACAGAGUUGGUAUCAGAGCAUGAUUUGAGAAUUUCUAAGAAUUUUGAUAUGCUAGAUGUGUAAUAAAUUUUGAGGUUUAGUGAUUUCUAUUUAGAGACUGAUCAAAAGUUUUCUUUUGUUAUUUUUAGGAAGCACGGAUGACGAGGUCAUCUGGUUCUCCUGUUGCAUCUACUUCUGAUCAAUUGAGUGUAAUUAUGAAAACUCUAGAGUCGAUGAGACAAGUAAUGCAACAACAAGUCCGACAAGGAAGAAAUGAUGAAGUUGGGAAUUCAAACCAGACUGGGUUGGGAAUUGAACAGUUUAAGAAGCUUAGUCCUCCCAGUUUUAGUGGUGUGCCUGAUCCAAUGGUAGCAGAACAAUGGAUGAUGCGGAUGGAGAAAAUAUUUGAUGUUUUAAAUUUCCCAGAUGAUAAGAAGGUUUCUCUUGCUACCUUCAUGCUAGAAGGAGAGGCUGAGCACUGGUGGCGAACUAUGAAGAGGAUUUCUGAAGCUCGACAGGAGCCAAUCACUUGGAAGUUAUUUACAGAAAAGUUCAAUGAUAAAUAUUUUCCGGAUUGUAUCAGAGAGCAGAAAGAAUUGGAGUUCCUGAAUCUCAUCCAGGGAAAUUUGACAGUAGCCAAAUAUGAGUCAAAAUUCACCGAGCUCUCUAAAUUUGCCACACAUAUGAUUGAUGAUGAAUAUAGGAAAGCAAGAAGAUUUGAAAGAGGAUUAAGGCCGACAAUAAGAAGCCGGAUAUCAGCUUUAAAACUCCAAGUAUACACUGAAGUAGUAGAAAGAGCUUUCAUACUUGAAAAAGACUUGGAGGAGAUCCAAGAAAUCAGGGACAAGAAUAGAAAGGAUAAGUUUGUUGGUAAAAGUAAGAGAGGAAAUGAAGCAGAAAGAAGUAACGAGAAGGUAAAGGUACCUAGAUUUGAGGAAGGAACUCCAUCGCAAAGAACUCUAUCGUGUACAAAAUGUGGACGUAAUCAUGAAACUAGGGAGUGUUUUCGGGUGACUGGAGCCUGUUUUGCUUGUGGAAAGUUAGAUCAUAAAGUCAGAGACUGUGGUUGAAGGUAUUCUAUAUGUUUCUAAUAGAAAUGCAAAAGUUUUGUUUGAUACUGGCUCCAACUUAUCUUUUGUUUCACAAUAUUUUGCUUGUCACUUGGGCAUUCAACCUAAACCACUGGAUUAUUUGCUACACGUAACUACUGUUGUUGGGGAUUCCUUGACUACAAAUCUGGUUUAUCCUUAUCUUUUCGCCGAAAGAGAUAUGACAAAUUUAUAGGACUAAAUUUUCUUUUAAGGAGGGGAGAGUGUAACAUCCCCCAUUUAAAAAAAAAAAUUAGUAAAUGCUUGUUUGUAAAUAUGAGGAUUAUUUAAUAAAUUUUUUUAUUAAAUAAUAUUAUAUUAAAGUUUAUGGCUAAGGACCUAAGAGUAAAUAUUAAAUAUUUGAGAUGAUUUAUAGAAUAUUCAGAAUUGAGUAAAUAAAAAUAAAAUAAAAUAAAAUGGAGGACAUGUGUCAUUAACAAGGAUGAGUCACUUAGUAUUUAUUCUAAAGUUGACACCUAAACCCCCAUGUAUGCUUGCCACCUCACUAUUUUAGCAUGAGCCAAACCUAAGUAAUUUAAGGCACCGUUAAAAAGAAAGUUUUCAGCCAACGUUAGUUUGAGGAGAAGAAGAAGGAGAAGAAGAAGAAGGAGAAGAAGAAGAGGAAACUUUGUUUGAGGUUUUGCAUCAACUCCCUAUAUUUGGGAAUCAAACUCAUCUAAGGCAAGUGUUCUAACCUCUUCCUACAGAAUUCCUAAUCUCUGUUUUCCUUUUAAUACUUCAUAAUUCAAAAUAUUUCAGCUUAGUACCAAACCGUUCUUUCCUUUUGAUACAAAGCCAUAAAUCUGAAAUUUUUUCGGUAAUCUGACUUCUAUACAUUGUUUUUGAUCUAACUUUUAGCACUAAACUCUGAUUUAGGCAAAACCUAAUCCAUUUGAAAGUAGACUCAAAUAUCUUUAUUUUGACACUGAGAUUGAAUGAUUUGGAGUUUAAAUGCCUACUAAGACUUCUGUUUCAAUUAACCCUAUAGAUUCUGCAAAAUAGGGACUAAAAUUUCUGACCUUCUGUUACUAAAUUGCUCAUAACUCUCUAGAGAAAAUUCUGAAUUAUACAAAGCUUAGUUCUUUGGAAACUAGAUUCGCAUAUCUUUCUUUUGACACCUAGUUGGAAAUUUUGAAGUAUGUUUGCCUUCUGUAACAUCUGUUUAAAUUGAUUCUAUCAAGUCUGCAAAACAGGGAUGAUCAAUUCUGACCUUCCUUUACUCUAUUUGUUGUAACUUCCUGUCAAGAACUCAAAAAAUUAUAAAUAUGAGUUCAUCGGAAAAUAGAUUGAUACAGCUUUCCAAUGACACCUAUUUUUAGUGAUUUGGAGCAUAUUUGGUCACUCAAACAAUUCAGAAAAUAUACCAUUCAAAUUCUGUCAUAAUUGAAAACUUUGUUGGGUUUUGCCUAUUCAAUUUUCAUCCUAUUGGAAAUAUGAUUUCUGAUAAAUUCUUCUUCAACUGAGCUUUAUAUUAGUCCUUUGAAGUUCUUGUAUUGUUCAUCUUGAAAUUAUUGUAUAACUGAAAUUUAUUAUGUAAUGCUUUGUUUGCAUUUCCUUGUUUGAUAAAGGCACAUGCAUAUCUUCGUUGUUCCGCAUGUGCUUCUGAUAUGUGUCAAUGUUAUUGUUCAUAUUACCCUUUUGUACUAUGGUGUCUUGUGGGAUAUUGUGAACCUUUGCCAGAAAUGAUAAAGGGAGUUAUGCUUAGAGCCCGCGAUUGCUCUGCCGGCCCCAUUGACUUCACUCAGACGUGGGUGGAUGGAGCUCCCAGAUGUGGGAGACUUAUGCUUGGUGGUCAUCCAGAAAUGGAUGAAUCACAUUAUGUAUGUGGUCCCACAGCGCCCUCUAUGUUUAUUGAUAUGAUAUCCAAAGCUUUGUUUAUGAGUUCAUAUUAUGCUUUGGAUAAAAAUGGAAUGCAUGCUACAUAAAAAAUGACAUACAGCUUGUGUUUAUUAUUCGGUUCAUUUGUUAUACUUUGAAGUGUUUCGUUUGUCAUUAUUAUGCCCCCAAACACUCUUACGCCUUUGAUAUGCGCCUAAAUGCUUCAUGUGCCAUUUGAUAUAUGCCUAAAUGCUUCUUUUGCCAAUGAAAUGCUCCAAUUUCCUUUCUCCUAUUGUUAUGUCUAAUGCCUGUUUUUGAACGAGGUAAACUUUUGUGAUUUUAUAUCAAAUGAGAUGACUUUAAAUGAACACUUGUAUUUCUACUUUUGUAACUUGAUACUAGGCCUGUUUGAACUUCUCCUAUCGCCAUGGAUAUGUUAGACGCUUGCUGAGCUCUUUAUGCUCACCCCGUUGUUAUAUAAAUUUUUCAGGGUAGCUUGUCACGCACUGAAAAGCUAGAAUUGGGUUAAAGCAGUGAAAGGCUAGAAGAUUUUUGAGCUAAUUUUGUUGGAUGAUGAUUUUUGUUGUAUAGUAAACUUUACUUCUGAUGUAAUGUUAAGGAUCUGUUGAUACUUAUGUGUUGUAAAAGUUUAAAGGAUCGCUCAUGUGUAUGGAAUGAUAAGUUUAAGUUGUAUAAGGAUAAGAACUCAUGGUAAAUAAUUAUCUUUUUUGUGAUUGUAUAUAUUUCUAUGAUUAUGGAUUUGUGUUGUGGUUGAUGUUUAGUUGAGUUGCCUUUAGAUUUCUCGAAUCUUUGAGUGAAGUGGAUUAUGAUUUAUGUAACGUAUAGGUUUAUGAAUUGUGAAUAUUGAUUUUGAAUGAUUCU